UGCCGGAAGUGACGCCACGGUCGGUACAAACGCGGUUUCCUUAGUUAUGCGAAAAAAUGGCAGCGGCUGGUUUGGGUGUUCUUUGGAGGAGGGUCUCGGCAGCAGUGCAGGCUUCCAGGGCGUUAGUCAUCCCUCAGACCGCUGCUAGCCACAGGUUUUCCCUUGGUUUGUUGCCUGUGACUAUACAAAACGUGGCAUCCCUUAACCGUUGUCGAUUAUUUCAUACCACAUUAGCAAGGAAAGGACUGGAAGAAUUUUUUGAUGACCCAAAGAACUGGGGGGAAGAAAAAGUGAAAUCUGGUGCUGCAUGGACCUGUCAGCAGUUAAGGAACAAAAGCAAUGAAGAUUUACAUAAACUUUGGUAUGUCCUCCUGAAGGAAAGGAACAUGCUCCUGACGCUGGAGCAGGAGGCCAAGCGGCAGAGAUUGCCGAUGCCAAGCCCAGAGCGCUUAGACAAGGUAGUAGAGUCCAUGGAUGCAUUAGAUAAAGUUGUCCAGGAAAGAGAAGAUGCCCUAAGGCUUCUUCAGACGGGUCAAGAAAAAGCUAGACCUGGGGCCUGGAGAAGAGACAUCUUUGGAAGAACCGUCUGGCACAAGUUCAAGCAGUGGCCUAUACCGUGGUACCUAAAUAAAAGAUACAGAAGGAGACGAUUCUUUGCAAUGCCUUAUGUGGACCGUUUUGUCAGACUGAGAAUUGAGAAACAAGCCCGCAUCGCAGCAAGGAAGAAACAUUUAGAGAAAAAGAACGAGAAAUUUCUUCAGAAAAAGUUUCCACAUCUUGCUGAAGCACAGAAGUCAAGUCUUACCUAAGAUACAUGAACUCUUGAUUUACCGUUUUUCUUGCUUAAUGGUUCAUUCAGAAGUAAAAAUGUCUAUUGAAAAAC